CCGACAAGGUGGCCCUUUGACUCGCCCACCUCCAAGUCCCUCCAGCAUCGCCAGGCUCUCGUAGCCUCCUGCAAAAGGACUUGCAUAUUCCACAGUGGACGAGUGGUUUCUUCUAGAUCUAGGCCGUUGGACUCCGCACAACAAAGUUGUGGAGGAGAGUUACAUGAAUAUAGGUGAUGAGAAGGAGACCGGUAAAGAGGGCAAAUGGGAGAAAAGGAAAACCGAAUCAAAACAGAAGUGGUGGAAGAAAUCACUUGCUUCUGAAAGGGUUGACUUCCCUGAAAUCCCAGUCCAAGUAUGCCCCAAAGGAAACAAAAGGAGUAAGAUCCCACAAGUUGCAAAAAUCCUAAGUAAUAAUUCAAGCCUUAGCACACAAAAAAGAAUGCACAAUGGGGAUAAAUCAUUGAACUGUUCAGAAUGUGGGAAGACCUUCAGUCAGAAAAACAGCUUGACUAGACAUCAAAGAGUACACACAGGGGAAAAACCACACAAAUGCUCAGAGUGUGGAAAGAGCUUCAUUGAUAGUGGAGCUCUGACUGCACAUCAGAGAACCCACACAGGGGAGAAACCAUAUAAAUGCUCCGAAUGUGGAAAGAGCUUCAGCCAGAGCACAAACCUUAUUUCCCAUCAGAGAAUCCACACAGGAGAGAGACCAUUUAAAUGCUCAAAGUGUGGAAAAAGCUUCAGCUGUAGCUCAGGUCUUAUUUCCCAUAAGAGAAUCCACACUGGGGAGAAGCCAUAUAAAUGCUUGGAGUGUGGAAAGAGCUUCAGUUGUCGGUCAAGCCUCACUUCCCAUCACAGAAUACACACUGGAGAAAAGCCAUUUAAAUGCUCCAAGUGUGGAAAGAGCUUCAGCCAAAGAGCAAACCUUUAUUCCCAUUACAGAAUCCACACAGGGGAGAAGCCAUAUAAAUGUUCAAAGUGCGGAAAGAGCUUCACCUGUAGCUCAAGCCUCAAUUCCCAUCAGAGAAUCCACACAGGGGAAAAGCCUUAUCAUUGCUUGGAGUGUGGAAAGAGCUUCCACUGUAGCUCAAGCCUUAUUUUCCAUCAGAGAAUCCACACAGGGGAGAAGCCAUAUAAAUGCUCAGAGUGUGGAAAGAGCUUCAACUGUAGUUCAAGUCUUGCUUACCACCAGAGAAUCCACACAGGGGAGAAACCAUUUAAAUGCGCAGAGUGUGAAAAGGGCUUCAGCUGUAGCUCAAAUCUUCUUUACCAUCAGAGAAUCCACACAGGGGAGAAACCGUAUCAAUGCUCACAGUGCGGAAGGAGUUUCAGACAAUGGAACCACCUCUGCAAACAUCAAAAACUCCACACAAGCUAGACAAUGUAUAACUUUUCAGAGUGUGGAAGAAACUUCAGCCAGAGAGCAACAAAGAAUCCAGGUAGAGAGGUAUCGUGUGAAUCCUUGAAAUGUCUCAAAUGCAGAAAGGACUUCAAAUCUUCCUAUUU